GCGCAUCGUCUCUUGAGUAGUCUGUGUAGGCCUACCAAGUAAAAAGUAAGUCCGAUAACGCGCAACUGCAGCAUAUAUACACGUAUUCGACAGAUGUAUUCCUUAGGUUAAAACCCCUAAAUGUAACGAGGACAUUUUAAACUAGGCCACAUUGUUACUUACUUCCUCCUCCUUCCCCUUCAACGCAUGAAAAAACGAAACUGAACAUUUCUGACAUUCUAUCAUCACUGAGAGGAGAGCGUUGAGCAACUGAGAAGAAAGACGCUUCGACUGACAGAUUUGAAGAAAUGGCAUUUUAUAACCAAGAACCUUUUCAUAAUCCGAGACUCCCUUUCACCGGCACUAUCCAAGGUGGGCUGCAGGAGGGGAAGACGAUCACUAUUACUGGGAAACUUCACCAUGGGGCAGACAGGUUCCAUGUGAAUUUGCAGUGUGGUUCUAGGGCAGGGGCGGACAUUGCCCUUCACUUCAACCCACGAUAUGACAGUCACCCUGGAUAUGUGGUGGCCAACACCUUGCAGCAGUCCAGAUGGGGGACAGAGGAGCGGAAGCAGCAUUCCCCCUUUCAGCAUGGCUCUGGCUUCAGCCUCGUGAUCACCGUCCAGAGGGACGGCUUCCAGUUGAAUGCGAAUGGGAAACAUUUCAUGACCUUUAAGCACCGUAUUCCGUUUGACGCAGUGGACACCAUCUCAGUCGAGGGAAAAGUGGAGGUGACCUCCAUCGCCUUCCAGAACCCUGCACCCACCUUUCCUGCACAGCCAGGAUUCCCUUCUUAUCCGGGAUUCCCUGCGCAACCGGGAUUCCCUGCGCAACCGGGAUUCCCUGCUCAACCGGGAUUUCCUGCUCACCCGGGAUUUCCUGCUCACCCGGGAUUUCCCGCUCACCCGGGAUUUCCCACGCAACUGGGAUUUCCCACGCAGCAACUGGGAUUUCCCACGCAGCAACCGGGAUUUCCCACGCAGCAACCGGGAUUUCCCACGCAACCGGGAUUUCCCACGCAACCGGGAUGUCCAGCUGUUCCAUACAAGAACACGAUCAAUGGUGGACUCUACCCUGGACGCACCAUCAACAUCCAGGGAGUGGUUAACCCCAAUGCAAAUAGGUUUAAUGUUAACCUACUCUGCAACUCUGAGAUUGUGCUGCACUACAACCCCCGAUUUGACGAGACCCUAGUGGUACGCAACAGCAGGCUGAGGGAUCAAUGGGGAAAGGAGGAGCGCUCUGGUGGAAUGCCCUUCCACAGGGGCCAGGCCUUCACGCUGUCUAUUACCUGUGAGGCUCAGUGCUACAAGAUAGUGGUCAAUGGGAAUCAGACGAGCACCUACAAACACCGCCACACCCUCCUCCAGCAGGUCAACGUUCUGGAGGUGAAUGGAGACCUCAGUUUGACCUCCGUGAUGGUUUAGGGCUGUGGGUCACAACUGUGACUCAGCCACUUGUUUAAUUUUGUGGCACCUCUGACCCAAACCACCACACAUCUUUUUGAUCUGUUUUUGCUGCAAUAAAAAUUACAUUCACUUUAUUUCCUUACUGCUUGCAGUGUCUGUUAGACUACCCCUUUGCACAUGUAUUAUUAGUGAGUGCCGUGCCAUUGACUUCAAGGAUGAGAAAUGUGUUCCUGUUUGUUAUAAAUCAAGGUAGAAAGCCAUUAGAAAUCACAUUGUGAUAGAAUGCCAGACCUGACGUUAACUCUCAUGAGACGUACCCUGAGGACAAUGCUUAGUAAUUCCAUAUGUAACCUAGUUUAUCACCAGUGGUCUCUAGACACUUUUUUUAAGUUACAUUAAGUUACAGUAUAUACAGUUAAGUGUGACAAUAUGUUGCGUGAGACUGGCUAUGCCAAAACCCUUGUUCACAAAGUGAACUGCAGUAUGUGUUCAGACAGCAGUGAUUUGCUGACAUGGCUACGCUGAGGUGGUAGGCUGAUUGGUGGUGCUUGUGCUUCCUAUCACUCAGAAGUUAUGUAGCAAGUUAAGAUGACAACAAUGAAUGCCAUGGACGUUUCCCAGUUGCUUUGAAUGUUCAAAAUCAUAGUGUAAGAACACUUUUAAAGCCUCAGAGGAUAAGAUUAUCCAGCUUUCAAAACAAGUCCUUUUUGGCAAGCCACAUCAGUCAAGCUAACUAGGUAGCUGUUUUGCUUUCUACCACAUUCACUAAUUUGUUUGUAAACAAUUAAGAACUAGUUCGACGUGUUCUUGUCAAACUGUCAACAGAGUAGCUAGACGGCAACAAUAUAUGCCAAAUAACACUUGAGGGCAAAUAAAUCAGAUUUGAUUGUUCAGACACAGGUCGCAUGGCCAGGAAUCAGAUUGUAUGUGGCUUGAAAUAUCUGAUUCCAUGUGCUUUUUGGCUGUUCAGGCUGCAGGAAAAAGAACCGACUCGAAUAUGCAAAAAUAAAGUAUUUGAGUCACUUCAAACUGCCUAUAUGAACAAGGCAUAAAUAAAAAUAAACAUGUUUUAAG